AUGACAAGUCGACCAUCAUCGCAAUCCGGUUACACGGUUAUCCUCAUUGAUAACGCUAUGUUACCACCUCCCCCGCCUCCCAGCAACUGGCCAAAAUGUUAUCCCAUCGUUUAUCACAACAUUGAAGCUGAUUUCACAAAUGAGGAUUUUAAAAAGAAACUAAGAAGAUCAUAUUUUCUUUUUAAAUUCUAUUUCGUAACUCUACUCGCUAACUCGAUCGCUGAUAUAGCAAUUUCGAUCACGUACCUAAGCGGGGCCCAGAUUGUCUCCCAAAUCAUUGCCUCGGCUUUGUACUUAUUUCUGAUGCCAAUCGGCGAUUUUUUUUUACGACACAUGAGUCUUUAUUAUGGUUACAAGAUGAAUAGCGAAAUGAUGUUUCGAUACUAUUUCCUUGGUGAAGCAAUUGUAAUUAUUUUUGGCUUAUUCAUCGGUAUCGGAUUUGUAAAUGAUGGUAGUAGUGGCACGCUGGGAGCCGUGAAGUUAUUUGAACGCGGGUAUUACGUUGCCGGAGUUUUCACUGGCAUAUUCUUGGUACUCGACGUCGUUCAGACCAUUUUACACAUCAUAUUAACUGCACAGGUCUGUCCAUUUGUGUUUCGAGGUGGAGUAAAUGAUUCUUGCUGA